ACAAAUAUAAAGUGCUCUCUGUUCUCGACCUGAAUUUUUGUUAUUUUUUAUUUCCCGUGUUUAAUUUUAUCUCGAAAACGACGUUGGAAACGAAGAAACCGUAUUUAACUUCGACAGACAUGGUGGUUCGCCGGCCGAACCUUCCAUAGUUGACCAAUCACAUCACCAUGGGUCAACAGAAUUCCAAAAAAUCAGGCAGCAGCUGCGGCUGCGGCGGCUGGGAUCGGCGGCGGCUCGACGAUGCGCCCACUUCCGUGCACAGAUACGUCACAACCAUUACCGACAGAGGCCACGGCGAAUGUAACUGCACAGCGUCCCGGAGUCGCGGUGUGGGCAUGUUCGAGUGGCGACGCCGCGAGUGGCGCUGGCGCAGACCCACUUGCGUGUGCACCGGGUACAGACGCGUGUCUGAUGACAGAUUGGCUACAGUGCUUACUAUAGGCACUCGGGAUUUGACGCGAGACCUGCGCAGGGAACUUGACGCUUUCGUCUUGAAUACAGACGGCGACUCAACAAGGGACAUUGGCGACCCGACCGCUGAGGUGUACGUGCUAUCAGUAGCUGCAAGACCAGCUGAAGGCGAAGCUUCACACACUGGCAGCCGCAACGAGCUCACUCAGCAGAAUGAUGGGUCUAUUCGAUUGCAUCCACACUUCCAGGUGGUAUGCGGCGGAGAGCUGCGCGCACUGCUGUUGCGCGCGCCGUCGCUGCCCGCGGCGCCUGCGCAGGCCAUGCCGCCACACGGAAAAGUACACACGCAGGUGGACUACAUCCACUGCCUAGUUCCAGAUCUUCAAGAGAUUACAGCAUGCUCGUAUUAUUGGGGCAAGAUGGACCGGUACGAGGCUGAAAGGCUUCUGGAUAACAAACCAGAAGGCACGUUCCUCCUCCGUGAUUCUGCCCAAGAAGAGCACCUGUUCUCGGUGUCGUUCCGCAAGUACGGGCGGUCGCUGCACGCUCGCAUCGAGCACUACCAGCAUCGAUUCUCGUUCGACUCCCAUGACCCUGCCGUCUUCGCCGCGCCCACAGUCACCGGGCUCAUUGAGCACUACAAGGACCCGGCGUGCGUGAUGUUCUUCGAGCCGAUGCUGACGGCGCCUCUGCCGCGCACGCAGCCCUUCGCGCUGCAGCAGCUCGCCAGGGCCGUCAUCGUCUCGCACACCACCUAUGACGGUGUGGAGAAACUGCCGCUGCCGGCCCGGCUGCGCGCCUACCUGAAGGAGUACCACUACCGGCAGCGCGUGCGCGUGCGCCGCCUGGAGCCCGACCUGUACUCGCCGGCGCACGCCUUGUAGCAGGCGCCCCGGCCCCCCCCGGGCCGCCCGCCGCU